CCCGAGGCCCCGGGAAAGGCCCGGGGAGGGAGCCUCCGAGCCUGGCAACUGCCCGCCUCGCUCACGCGUUUUCCCUCGCUCUCCGUGGAAUCCCGUUCUCAGGAGACUCACAGAUGGACGCAAAUGAGAGAGAUGCCAUUUCGUGGUACCAAAAAAAGAUUGGAGCAUAUGAUCAACAGAUAUGGGAAAAAUCUAUUGAACAGACCCAAAUAAAGGGCUUCAAAAGCAAACCAAAAAAGACAGGUCACAUAAAGCCUGACUUGAUUGAUGUCGACUUAAUCAGAGGCUCAACAUUUGCCAAAGCCAAACCUGAAAUUCCAUGGACAUCACUAACUCGGAAGGGAAUUGUUCGGGUUAUUUGUUUUCCAUUGUUCAGCAAAUGGUGGAUUCAGGUUACCUCUUUACGAAUCUUUAUUUGGCUGCUACUGCUUUACCUCAUGCAAGUUAUAGCAUUUGUGUUGUAUUUCGUAAUGCCUGUUGUGAAUGUAAGUGAAGUGAUUGGUCCAAUGUGCCUUAUGCUAUUGAUGGGAACUGUCCACUGUCAAAUAGUCUCCACUCAGAUUGCUAAACCUUCAGGAACCAAUGGAAACCGGAGGAGGAGAAAAUUACGAAAAACUGUAAAUGGUGAUGGGAGCAGAGAGUGUGGAAGUUAUAACUGCUCUGAUAAAGUCAGAGGAGUAGAAUCUUCGGAAUCUGCAUCCCUAAAUGGUGGUUUUUGGGGGACUCUCUUUUGCAACAGUCGAACAAAAAGAGUGAAAUUAUUAACUGACAAAGGAAUUGAAAGUGAAACUUCUCCAACUUGUUUGAAUCUCAGCACAAAGAAAAAACAUCCCCGAUCAGAAAUGAGAAUAUGGCAAGCAAGAGAGAAAGCAAAACUUUCAGAUGGGGAAAAGAAUCAGGAAGGUUAUAGACGUUUAGGAAAUGGAGUUUCAGAUGAGCUGUCGAGUGAAGAUGACUGUGAAGAGCAGACACAGAUGAUCCUGUUACGCAGAAGUGUAGAAGGAGCCUCCAGUGACAAUGGCUAUGAAAUCAAGAAUGAAAAGCCAUUGAGUUCUUCAAAACAUGAAGGCACUCAAGUAAAGAAAAAUUCUACUUCAAGGUGGUGUCGACUGGUCCGAGAUUCAGAUAGCCUGGCUGAAUCAGAGCUUGAGUCAGCUGCCUUUAGUCAGGAGUCUCGGUCUGGUGUCAGUGGCGGUUCUAGAAGCUGUAGCCGGAGGGACUCGGAAAGCACCCGUCACGACUCAGAGACAGAGGACAUGCUGUGGGAUGACCUUUUGCAUGGGCCUGAGUGCCGCUCAUCAGCCACAAGCGACAGUGAGGAGACAAACGUGAAGGCCCUGCCCCCAGGCACCAAGCGGGAUCCAAAAGAGGAUGUUUUCCAACAGAACCAUUUGUUCUGGCUUCAGAAUACGAGCCCUGCCUCUGAACGAGUGAGUGCAAUAAUUUGGGAAGGUAAUGAAUGCAAAAAAAUGGAUAUGUCUGUUUUGGAAAUCAGUGGCAUCAUCAUGAGUAGGGUUAAUGCAUAUCAGCAGGGCGUAGGUUACCAGAUGCUGGGAAAUAUUGUAACUGCUGGGUUAGCAUUUUUCCCAUUCUUAUACCGACUCUUCCACGAGAAGAACCUGGACCAAAUGCGAUCUGUCUCGACUGAGGAGCUCCUGACUCUCUUUUGUGGGGCACCACCUUCGUUUUCAGUCGUCGUUUUUGCCAUGAUCAAUUUUCUUGAGCGCUUGUGUCUCACCUGGAUGUUUUUUUUUAUGAUGUGUGUGGCAGAAAGAACGUACAAGCAGCGAUUUUUAUUUGCAAAACUCUUUAGUCAUAUUACCUCUGCCAGGAAAGCUAGAAAAUAUGAAAUCCCCCAUUUCAGGCUCAAAAAGGUGGAGAACAUUAAGAUAUGGCUAUCACUGCGUUCUUAUUUAAAGAGACGGGGUCCACAGCGCUCAGUUGAUGUGGUUGUUUCUUCAGUGUUCUUACUUACACUUUCAAUUGCUUUUAUUUGCUGUGCCCAGGUUCUCCAAGGCCAUAAAACCUUUCUGGAUGAUGCUUAUAAUUGGGAGUUCCUGAUUUGGGAAACAGCCCUGCUGCUCUUCUUAUUACGUCUGGCCUCACUGGGAUCUGAAACCAAUAAGAAAUACAGUAAUAUUUCAGUACUGCUCACGGAGCAGAUUAACUUAUAUCUCAAAAUGGAAAAGAAGCCAAAUAAAAAAGAACAGCUCACUCUGGUGAACAACGUGCUAAAACUGUCGACCAAGUUACUAAAAGAGUUGGACACCCCAUUUAGGCUCUAUGGCCUUACCAUGAAUCCCCUGAUCUACAACAUAACUCGGGUGGUUAUCCUUUCAGCUGUCUCAGGGGUGAUAAGUGACCUACUAGGAUUUAAUAUAAGAUUGUGGAAAAUUAAGCCUUGAGCUGAGUGGUAUAUUUGGACCAUAAAUCUUUGCUGGCAUUGGCACUUAACCAUUUGAUGGACAACUGCAGGAACAAGUGAGACAGCCUUCCAUUUUCUUGCAUGCAGAAGUACUCUCACCUAUGGCAGAUCUGUGAAUGAUGUUUUCCUGGGAAUCAAGAGUUGGCACACAACUUUGUAUAUGCUAAAGACUUCAUUUUUACAGUUUAGAAACAUUGCGAAAUGUUGGAAAACUAAUGCUUUUCCUCUGUUACUAUACAUAAUACGCUGAAUAAUUUCCCAGGUUAGGAAAUUUAUUCUGAGCAUUUCAAUGCUUUGAUGGUUACAUUUUUAUGUGGAAGUAGACUUCUAAGUGACUGGUAAAUGACCAAAGUGUGAAACACAUUUGCUUUCCUGAAAAAAAUGGGAAUUCACUUCUCUUCCAUUAUAAUCUAUGGAUUUUGGAAAGUUCCAUUCUAUAGCAAAGAGAGAUCAAAUUGAAACUAUUUUAGGUUGAAUCCAAUAAAAAAACCUUAUUG